CGUGUGUUGUUCCAUGGAGGAGCCGGUUCAGUUCUGGUGAAGGUUUUUACCUGGUUUUACCUGGAUUUACCUGGAUUUACCUGGAUUUAACCCGGUGCAGCUACAUGGACCGGACCUCAGGAACCUCCAGAACCUCAGGAUGACGUUUCCGUAUAAAAUCCCCAAGAAAACUCCAGGAGACCGAGACUCCGCCCACCUGCACUCAUCACCACUGUCCCGCCUACAGAGCUCCACCCCCCAGGUAAAGGGUUACGGGGAUUCUUCCAGCAGAGGAGGAGCCACCAAGGUGCAUGCUGGGAAUGGCUGGGGAUCGUCCUCUAACAGACUCAGCGCCUCCUAUCUGCCGUUCAGGACGGUCGUCAAGGCCGUGCUGGGAAUUAACGAGUCUCCGUCACAGUCCAGGGAGAGAAACGAGUCGUCAGCAAACGGGUGGCGUCCUAAGAGAGCGUCAGACCGGCUGCUGCCUCCGUCUGAUACACACAAGAACAGUUCAGGUGUGAAGUCUCCGAGCAGAACCAUCUCCGUGGACUCACUGGACUCCCUGGACUCUCUGUCGGUGCUGAGGGCCCCGGGGCAUGCUGGGAAUUCUUCAGUGUCAGAGAAGAAAGACUCCACCGACAGGAAGAUCAGCUCAGAUAAACCUCUGGGGAAGACGUGGUCCAGUUCUGGUCUGGAGGAGACGAGGGAGGACGAGACGGUCUGUCCCUCCAGAACCAGGACCUCAGACGUCCUCCAGUCCUCUUCAUCCUCCUCCUCUUCUUCCAUGAAGACCCUCCCGUCCCUCAGAACCAGCAGGAGGAGCCUGAGCCCUCCGGAGGAUCUGGAGGAGGAAAGGAUGGAGACCCAGAGAGGAGGAGGAGGGAGGAGGAGAGGAGGGAGGACUGGAGGAUUAAACCUGCCCCACAAGAAACCCAGAACCAGUGAACCCAUUGUUCUGUCCAGUGAAGAAGAGGAGGAGGAGGAAGAGCAGAUCAUAGAUGAAGACCAGAAGAAGUCUCGGACCGGGGUCCAGAGUUCACCUGAGAAGAUGAAGGUUGUGUCAGACCUGAACUCCUCCUUCCUGCAGAUUCCCUUCUCUUCAGUCCACGCCGGACUGAUGAAAACAGAAGCUAACGGACCCUUGAUGAUCUCCGACAGCGGCAUCACCCUCCCCCUGAAAGGCUCGGAGGACGGCGAGGACGGAGAGGUUUCCAUCGUAGCGUCGGAGCUCCGGGGCUACGGCGUCUGGGACGGGGGCGUGGCCGGGGGCGGGACUCUGCUGCAGGGCCGGACAGGCCCCGCCCCCUCGCUGCUCUUCCUCUGGGUGUCGGACGCUCAAGCUAACCUGCUGCACCGGGAGCUGGCGGCCAUGUUGGAUCCCGCCGCCGCCGGUCCCAGCUGCGUCCUCCUGCUGGUGGUUCUGCAGCAGCAGCUUCCGGAGAUGCAGGCCGGGAUUCUGGCCUCCAUCCUGGACAUGGACCAGUACCGGCUGGGCCGGGGAGGCCCCGCCCCCUCACACAGAGGCCCCGCCUCCCCGCUGGACUGGGCCGAGGGGCUGGUUCUGGUCCACAACCUCGGCCCUCCGGUGGACCAGCACCUGCUAAAGCUGCUGGGACGAUCCACGCAGGAGUCCAGUCGGCCCGGUCUCGGCCUCAGGACCCGAUCCGGCCUGAAACCCGCUGGGCAGGGACAGCUGCCCACCAGGCUGAUCCAGUACCCUCUCCAACCCUGUAAGGGCCGGAUCUCCGUCUCCAGGGAGGACCUGGUCUGUCUGGGGGACGGACAGUUUCUCAACGACGUCAUCAUCGACUUCUACCUCAAGUUCCUGCUCCUGGAGGGCGUGUCCGGCCCCGUGGCCGACAGGAGUCACGUCUUCAGCAGCUUCUUCUUCAAGCAGCUGAGCCGGCGGAGAGCGGCCGGCGAGGGCGACGCCCCCUCUGUCCCCGACCGCCGCACCCGACACCAGCGGGUGAAGACGUGGACCCGGAACGUGGACAUCUUCACCAAAGACUUCCUGUUCGUGCCUGUCAAUCAAGAAUUCAGGUCUCAGUGGAGGUUCUGGUUCUGGAGAUGCUGGACCUACUCUCUGGUUCUGGUUCUGGUUCUGGAGCUUCUGGUUCUGGAGAUGCUGGAUCUACUGGUUCUGGGCUCACUGUUCCUGGUGGUGGUCUGUUUCCCGGGCCUGGAGGAGGUCCAGAAGGAGGACUUCCAGAACCCAGCAGGUGAGACUCUGGAGGGACCGGACCGAGCUGAAGCACAAGUGAAGGACCAGAACCCGCGGAACCUGAAACCACCGGGUUCUAUUGAUGGUUCUAUUCUGGGUUCUAAUGCUGGUUCUGUUAGCGGUUCUGCAGGUUCUAAUGCUGGUUGUGUCUGCAGGAAUGUUCUCAGCUCGGGCUGCCAGAGGAAAACGGUGACCAAGAGGCCCUGCAUCCUGGUCAUGGACUCCCUGAAACUGUCGUCCCACGACAACGUCUGCAGACUCAUCAGAGACUACCUGCAGGUGGAGUGGGAGGUCCGCAGGACGUCGUCCCCCCGUCUCUUCUCGUCCAACGCCGUCCGCAGCAGCAGCUGCUCCGUCCCCCAGCAGGACAACAGCAGCGACUGUGGAGUCUACCUGCUGCAGUACGUGGAGACGUUUCUACAGAACCCGGUGGUGAACUUUGACCUCCCCCUGAACCUGCAUACCUGGUUUCCACGGCAACGGGUCCGGCAGAAGAGAGAGGAGAUCCGGACUCUGAUCCUGGACCUGCACCGGAACCAGACCAGGAACCAGACCAGGACCAGGACCUAGAACUGAUCCUGGACCUGAUCCUGGACC